AGCUGGGGCCGGGGGCUCCCAGGCAGCAGCCGACAGGCCAUUUUCCCCCUCUGUUUGUACGCGUCCCGUUUGCCCAUGGGUCUCCAUGGCGGUGGCCCCAGUCCUGGAGCCAGAGGCAGAGCAUCACACGGACAUCAUCCUGCUGGGCUCCAGUGAGCCUUCAGAGCUGUCAUCCCCCGCUUCCCCAGGGCCCAGCAGAGAGCUCAUUGCAUAUGAAGUCAAGGUCAACGAGAGGAACAUCGAAGACAUCUGCAUCUGCUGUGGAAGUUUCCAGGUGCACACGCAGCACCCUUUGUUUGAGGGAGGGAUGUGCGCUCCGUGCAAGGACAAGUUCCUGGGCCGCCUGUUCCUGUAUGACGAUGACGGGUACCAGUCCUACUGCUCUGUCUGCUGCUCCGGGGACACGCUGCUCAUCUGUGAGAACCCCGACUGUACCCGGUGCUACUGCUUCGAGUGCAUGGACACCCUGGUGGGCCCCGGGACCUCGGGGAGAGUCCAGGCCGUGAGCAACUGGGUGUGCUUCCUGUGCCUGCCCUUUCCCCGCAGCGGCCUCCUGCGGCGUCGCAAGAAGUGGCGGGGCUGGCUGAAGGCCUUCUGCGACGGCGAGUCGGAAAACACGCUGGAGACCUACAAAACGGUGCCCGUGUGGAAGAGGGAGCCGGUCCGGGUGCUGUCCCUGUUUGGGGACAUCAGGAACGAACUAACGAGUUUGGGCUUCUUGGAACCUGGUUCUGACCCAGGAAGGCUGAAACACUUAGAUGACGCCACCGAUGUAGUGAGGAGGGACGUGGAAGGAUGGGGCCCGUUCGACCUCGUGUACGGCUCCACGCCCCCCGUCGGCCACGCCUGUGACCAUCCUCCGGUGUGGUACCUGCUCCAGUUCCACCGCGUCCUGCAGUACGCGAGGCCCCGGCCGGCCCGCCAGCAGCCCUUCUUCUGGAUGUUCGUGGACAAUCUGGUGCUGACCCAGGAGGACCGGACCGUAGCCACUCGCUUCCUGGAGGCCGACCCCGUGACCAUCCAGGACAUCUGUGGCAGAACCAUCCAGAACGUGAACGCCGUGCACGUGUGGAGCAACAUCCCGGCCGUGAGAAGGUGCUCCCGGCGCCAUUCCGCCCUAGUUUCCCAAGAGGCAUUGUCCUCGCUGGCUCAGGACAGGCGGAGAAUGAAGCUCCCCGCCCAAGGGCCAGCCAAGCUGGUGAAGAAUUGUUUUCUCCCCCUGAGAGAAUAUUUUAAGUGUUUUUCAACAGGGCUCACUUCCUCUUUAUAAAUGAUUCAUUUUACCAUGAAAAAAAAAAAAGUCUUCCUAGAACCCGGCAACUUUCCUUGCAUUGUUUCUUUUUUUUCUCUCUUCAAACUAUUAUUCUAUUUGGCUGACUUUGGAUUUCCCAAGGUGGCCUCAGACAGAGGCACCUCCUGCUCUGUGCGGUGAUGCAGGGCCCGGCCCGGCCCCGCCCUUUCUCAUGGGGGCGACAUUCUCAGCCUCUAACCUUGGACAAGACCCUGACGUUAUGAAGCAUAUUUGUUGCUGAAAACGUCUGUGUGUGCCGGUUGAGACGUUACAAAUAUAUUCAUUGUGGUUGUUACUGGUCAUAUUCUG